AUGCCCCCAAUUGGGAAUGCAGAGCUGAACACUGCCCCAUUGGGCACACCCUCCAGCCAUCCGGGGAUGGCAUUGCUUGGGACUGGUGUCGUCGCAGAGAUUGCCCAAGCACAUAUUUAUAAUGAAGCCGGUACUCCUGUCUAUACCGGACCUCGAGCAGGCACCCGCAUCGGCAAAGGCGUCUACAUGACUGAAAUAGCGGGGCAGUGGAGGAAGCCCAACAGCUGGUACUGCCAAAUUACAGCCAAAUAUACCGAAUUCCAACAUACCCCCAAAGCAUGGAUCCCCCAAUACGACAGCUUCGGUUCCCUGUUAUGGAAUGGAGGUGAAGCGGCGAUUAAUCGGUAUAUCGAGUCGCUGGGACACGGCUGGAGGCCGAAAUAUACGAUUCGGCUGUCUGAGUUGGAUGAAGGGGCGCCCAAGGAUGAGAAUUCGAUUCUGAUUCCGCCGGCGCUGUUGGAGCAGAACGGGGGGUUGUUGGGACUGAGGGCGUGGUGUGCACCGGAUGUGGAGGAGAUGGGGGAUAACAGGGCGGAUAUUGGGGAGUGGGAGAGUGUUGGGGGGAAGAGAGUAUAG